UUCAUCACAUCGAGAAAAAUAAAUUAAGCUUAGAAUGUACAAAUAAAUAAGUGAAUAAUCGCUUUUAUCGGAAUUAAACCAAAAAGUAUUUCCAGUUUUUAUUGAAAAUAAAGUGAUGUCUUAAAAAAGGUCACGAAAAAAUUUUAGAUCUAUAAAUUAACUUUGAAAAAGUAACUCAAUAUGAUAUCGGAUAAGGAAACGUCAAUUGACGUGACCUUGCUCACAGAAACAGUCGUUCCGGCAAUUUUGGGAUUGACUUUAGCUGCAAUACUCGCUGUAGCCGCAUGUUUUUGCGCUCGAAAAAUAAGACGUCAACAGAAAAAAUCAUAUCCAGAAUCACUUCAAUCAAAUACGAUUCCUUUCCAAACGCCACCACGUCCUACAAAAGCUAUAAGAUCUCCAAAUGGCUCACAAACACACUAUUUGAAGAAAUCGCCUUCACCGACGUCUGCAAAGGCUCCAGAAAUCACAUCGUCCACUGCUACUCAGCAAGCACCAAUCAAAUACUCUGAAGAGAAUGAAUUGACCAAAAACACAGCAUUAAAUACCGAAGUCAUUAAAUCUCCGGAUACUGAACAACCUCAUGAUGAGUUUGGAAAAUUGGGAACGUUGGUAUUUAAAUUGCGUUACAUUAAUGAUCGUAAUGCUUUAGUUGUAUCCGUUGUGAGAUGUCGAGGUCUCCCAUCACGAAAUGUCAAUGCAAUGAACACAAGUGUCACAUCGACAGAUUCUAAUAAUGUAGGUCAAUUGCAAAUGAAUGGAAAAAUUCAAACUACAACCGCAGUAGACCCUUAUGUUAAGCUGCAGUUAUUACCAGAAAAACAGCACAAAGUCAAAACAAGGGUUGUAAGAAACACACGAAAUCCAGUUUAUGAUGAGGAUUUUACCUUUUAUGGGCUCACAGCUGAUGAGCUAAAAUCAAUGUCUUUACAUUUUGUUAUACUAAGUUUUGACAGAUAUUCUCGUGACGAUGUAAUCGGUGAGGUAAUAUGUCCAGUAAAUACGAUCGAAUUUCAACAAAUUGAGAAUCAGCAAGUUGCUUACAGUCGCGAAAUCCAGCCAAGAAGUCUGAAGGGAACCGUUAAAGGUAGAGGAGAAAUUUUGGUUUCAUUAUGCUGGCAACCUGCAGCUUGCCGUUUGACGGUUGUUUUAUUGAAAGCUCGAAACCUUCCUCGCAUGGAUGUAACUGGUUUAGCUGAUCCUUAUGUAAAGCUGUAUAUGAUUUACAAUGGUCAACGAAUUGCUAAGAAGAAAACUCAUGUAAAAAAGAGAACUUUAAGUCCAGUGUUUAAUGAGAGCUUUGCAUUUGACAUUCCAUUUAAUGAGGCUGGUGCUGGGCAAACACUUGAAGGUGUUUCUUUAGAACUGAUGUUACUUGACUGGGACCGUGUUACUAAAAAUGAAGUAAUAGGAAGAUUGGAUUUGGGACCUAGUUCAACUGGUUCUGCUUUGAAUCAUUGGAAGGAAGUGUGCAAUUCUCCUCGCAGACAGAUUGCAGAGUGGCAUAAAUUGCGCGAGUAAAUUAACUAUUACUAUUAUUAAUGUAGAAAAUUUC